CCGGUUCGGUUUGAAUAGUAAAAUUUUGGCCUUUUAGAGAAGGGUUUAUGGCGAAAGCUCAGUGGCUUCUGUUGCUCUACCUUGCUUGAUCUGUCAUUUUGGUUAGAUCUUCGUCUUCUCUCAUGGAUAGUGACAUUGUUUCCAGUAGCGUUGAUCAAUCUCGGACAGCAAUGCCUGAUUCAUUGGCAUUUAAGAGUAUCAAUGAUCCUAUCAAGAACAAGAUCAAUGGUUGUGCUACAAUCUGUGUUAAACAAGAUGAUCCAUGCCAUUUCUUGCGUGUCCUUUAUGAGUCUCUGAUAACAGGAGGGUUGGCUGGUGUUGUGGUGGAAGCUGCUCUAUACCCGAUUGAUACGAUCAAAACUCGAGUACAGGUAGCUCGGGAUGGUGGAAAGAUAAUAUGGAAGGGACUAUACUCUGGUCUUGGUGGAAAUCUUGUCGGUGUCUUACCUGCUUCGGCUCUAUUUUUUGGUGUAUAUGAACCAACCAAACAGAAGCUGUUGAAGGUUUUGCCUGAGAAUCUUAGUGCGGUUGCACAUUUGGCUGCAGGUGCUUUAGGAGGUGCUGUUUCAUCUAUUGUUCGAGUACCUACAGAAGUUGUCAAACAGCGGAUGCAAACUGGUCAAUUUGCUUCGGCCCCUGAUGCUGUUCGCCUUAUUAUAGCCAAGGAGGGCUUUGGAGGCAUGUAUGCGGGUUAUGGAUCUUUCCUGUUGCGAGAUUUGCCUUUUGAUGCGCUCCAGUUUUGUGUAUAUGAACAAUUACGGAUUGGAUACAAGUUGGCUGCCAAAAGAGAUCUAAAUGAUCCAGAGAAUGCAAUGCUUGGUGCUUUUGCUGGUGCUGUCACUGGAGUUUUGACCACUCCUCUAGACGUUAUCAAAACCAGAUUAAUGGUUCAGGGAGCAGGAACUCAGUAUAAAGGAGUCUCAGAUUGCAUUAAGACGAUAAUAAGAGAAGAAGGGUCAUCAGCUUUGUGGAAGGGAAUGGGUCCAAGGACGAUGCAGAAGAAGCUACUUCUUACAGUGUCAAUCUUUUUGAAUCUCGUAUUCACCGUUCAUAUUCUUUAUUAUAGUUCAACCACAUGGAAUCCGACGUGGACCAAUAGAGCUGCCGCAGAAGCAGAAACUGCAGCCUCUUCUUCAUGCUCAGGCCAUGGCAGAGCUUAUGUGGAUGGCCUUGGUGUCCUUGAUGGCCAGAAACCUUCUUGUGAGUGCAACAAUUGCUACACCGGAAAAGAUUGCUCCGUUUUUCUCAACGAUUGUCCUGUCGAUGCUAACUCAGGAGACCCUUUGUUCUUGGAGCCUUUCUGGAUGCGACAAGCAGUGAGCAGCGCGGUUUUGGUCUCGGGAUGGCACAGGAUGAGUUACAUUUAUCAAGAUGGGACAUAUGUGUCUCGAGAGCUCGAGAAGGUCAUUAGGAAACUGCAUAGUGUAGUGGGAAACGCUGUUACAGAUAACAGAUUCGUAAUCUUUGGAUCUGGAACCACACAAUUGCUGGCAGCAGCUGUACAUGCACUGUCUUUGACAAACUCAUCAUUAUCAUCACCUGCAAGGCUUUUGACUUCUAUUCCAUACUACGCUAUGUAUAAGGACCAAGCGGAGUUCUUUGAUUCAGCACAUCUCAAGUUUGAAGGAGAUGCGUCUGCGUGGAAGCAGAGCGAGCGCAAUGAUAAUACCACACAAGUUAUAGAGGUAGUAACAUCUCCAAAUAAUCCAGAUGGGAAAUUGAAAAGAGCGGUUCUUGCUGGUUCUAAUGUGAAAACAGUGCAUGAUUUUGCUUAUUACUGGCCUUAUUUCACACCUAUUACACAUCCAGUUGAUGAAGAUUUGAGCUUGUUUAGUCUCUCCAAGACUACAGGUCAUGCUGGCUCCAGAUUCGGGUGGGGAUUGCUGCUCAAAGUAGUAGUUGGCGAUAGAGGCGAUGAUAUAUUCAAUUUUGGCUAUGGAACUAUGAAGAAAAGAUGGGAGAUACUGAACAAGAUCUUGUCCAUUUCCACGCGUUUCUCGCUCCAGGCUAUCAACCCUGAGUACUGCAACUAUUUCAAGAAAGUCAGAGAGUUUACUCCUUCUUAUGCAUGGGUGAAGUGUGAGAGACCAGUAGAUACAAACUGCUAUGAGAUUUUCAGAGCGGUGAAGAUAACAGGACGCAAUGGCAAUGUGUUUGGAUCAGAAGAAAGGUUUGUUCGAUUGAGUCUCAUCAGAUCACAAGAUGACUUUGAUCAGCUUAUUGAUAUGUUGAAGAAGUUAGUCUCUGAGGAAGCCGUAGGAGCUGACUCCAUCUGAACAACUUGAUGUAUUUAGUAUUUACUUAGGCCUCUUUAAUUAAGCCUAGCGUUAGGCCCAUUCUAUAAAACCUCCGUUUCUAUCAGAAUCUAUCAUUUCGGUUCGGUUUAGCAGACCCAUAAAUCUCCAUUCGUGAGAAAAGAAGGGCUAUUUAGAUUGGUAUUCUAGUUUUUUGGUAUCAAUAUUAAGUGAUUGGUAAGUCUAGUUUGAAAUAAAAAUUUUUGUAAACG